AUGGUCAACACAUUGACAUCUGUAAAAAAUAGAAACUAUAAGAAAGACCUAGAUUAUAGUACAGAAUUGAAUCGCUGGCUUUUGAAACAAAUCGGUGUUUGGCCUGCAUCCAUCAAUGCAUCCUGGAUGGAAAUAAUCUUGUAUCGUUUCUUGAACGUACUAUGCACUUCUCUUAUCAGCUUUCUUAUAUUAUCCGCGUCUCUCUAUAUUAUUAUAGAUGUGAAGGACAUAGAAAUGAAAUUAAAAACGAUCGGUCCUAUAAGCUUUUGUCUGAUGGUACUCGCAAAGUAUUGGUUAUUUAUAAUACAUGAGAAAGAUAUAAAUCGUUGCGUAAGUCAUAUGGAGACCGAUUGGAAAAAUGUCAAAAGUGAAAAUGAUCGAAAGAUUAUGAUCGAUAGUGCACAUUUUGGUCGUCGUAUCGUGAUAGUAUCCGCGACAUUUACGUACGGCGGUGUUUUCUUUUAUCAAGUAGUGUUACCUUUAACAUCGGCCAAAGUAGUCAUAGGAAACUAUACGUUUAAACCACUGGCCUAUCCCAUCUCCAGGAUCUUCGUCGAUGCUCGUCAAAGUCCAGCGAACGAAUUGAUGAUACCAUUAGAAUGUCUUUGUGGUUUCGUCAUGAACGCUGUCACUGUGGGUGCUUGCAGUUUGGCCGCUGUAUUUGCUUUACACGCCUGUGGACAAUUAAAGGUCAUGAUGGCCUAUUUGAACAAUCUCGUGGAUGGUCGACCGGAAGAAAAUAAUAGCGUUAAUGAUCGAUUGACCGACAUCGUUCAACAACACGUACGAAUUCUCAGUUUCGUUACGUUUACCGAAGAUCUAUUACAGGAAAUUUCUCUCGUCGAAAUAUUAGGAUGUACCUUGAACAUAUGCUUGCUUGGAUAUAAUCUUAUUGCGGAUUGGGAUAAAGGAGACAUGGUCUCCGAUAUAACUUAUAUCGCAUUGAUUAUCUCUUUUGCAUUCAAUAUAUUUAUAUUUUGUUAUAUAGGUGAACUUCUCGGCGAAGAGUGCAAAAGAGUAGCCGAAGCAACUUAUAUGAUCGACUGGUAUAGACUAAAAGGAAAAAAAAGUCUCGCUCUUCUUUUAAUAAUUGCCAUGUCGUCGUCUUCGAUAAAAUUAACCGCUGGAAAGUUCGUCGAAUUAUCUAUUAGUAGUUUCGGUGAUGUUAUCAAGGCAUCCUUUGCAUAUUUGAACAUGCUCCGAACAGUGACUACGUAAAAGAUUGAUAAAAAUUUAAAAAAUGAAAAACACAUGUAGUGUAGUCAUCGACAUCGUAGAACAAUAUCAUGAUGCAGGUGAGGUUACUAAAAGGAUUUCCUAUCAUAAUCAAAAGUG